UGUUUACAUCAUCAGCACUGGUGACACUUCAGAUUCUAGAUGGAGAAACCAAACGUUGUCGUCGGUGGAGGAAGUUUAGCCGUGUGGGUUUGAUUGGGAUUGUUUUUGUUCCUCUUCGCCUGUUGCAAAGGUUUUGGAAAAAAUCACACGUUAAAGCUGAAAGCCCGCGGAGAGACACACGAGGAGGGUUGCCACAGAAAUAUAAUGAUGUGUUGGUGUGUGUGGGAGGAAGGAUGGAGUCAGUGUGUGCACACAGAGUGAAAUCAACACGGUGAUUCCCCGUCUGGACGGUUGAGAAACGCUUCUGAGGGGAAUUCUUCACUUCAAGAUUUCUUUAAAUUCACCCGUUUACUGCUUAAAGCUUAUAUAAUAUAUUUCUGCUGGUUCUGGUCCCUGCUGGUCCCUGCUGGUUCUGGUCCCUGCUGGUCCCUGCUGGUCCCUGCUGGUCCCUGAGGUUUCCCAGUGGAGUAGUGGAAGUACAAAUCUAUUACUAAAAUAAAAAGGGAGCGGCUCCUCUUCUGGUGGAGUCCGCCAUGUUGAACCGCCCAACACUCGCUCUAGAUAGAAGUAUCACGGACAUCGUAGUUUCUCCUACGUGCUUGGAAUGGGAAGUUAAAGAGGAACUGAUUGAUGACACACACACACACACACACACACACACAGAGUAUAUAAGGCUCACGUCCGUCACUUUGCUGUCAGUUGGACUCUACUGUAUCUCAGUAUGGAGGAGACCUACGUCAGGCAUGUGGAGCUGUUGGGCUUCGAGAAACGACUGUACCCGAGUCAGCAUUACGUGUACAUGCUGAUGGUGAAAUGGAGCGACCUCACAGAGAAGCUCAUCUACAGGACGUAUCCUGAGAUCCACACCUUCCACAAAUCGCUGAAGGAGAUGUUUCCCAUCGAGUCCGGUCAAAUAGAGAAGAAGGACAGAAUCAUCCCGUCGUUACCAGCGCCGCGGUGGCUGGACAGCCAGAAGUCGACAGAAACCCGACAGACCACGCUGGUGGAGUACUGCCACUCCCUCAUCAACCUGCCGGCUCACAUCUCCCGCUGCAAACACCUCACCAACUUCUUCAAGGUCCGACCAGAGGACGAAAACCCGCCUGCCGCAAACACGCUGAAAAGAAACGAGACGUUCGUGGUGUCCAGGGAGCUGGCCAGAGGCAACGCGUCCGAGAUUUCGGGCCCGAUCAUACUGGACACCUACAGAGUGAUCGCAGACUUCGCCAAGACGUCCAAACACGAGAUCAAUCUGCACACCGGAGACCUGGUGGAGAUCGUGGAGAAGAACCAGAACGGUUGGUGGUUCUGCCAGUGUGAGUCCAAACGAGGCUGGGUUCCCGCGUCCUACCUGGAGCCUCUGGACGGUCCGGAUGAGUCCGAGGAUGCCGACCCAGACUACGAAGGAGAGCUGCACGUCACCGUCAGAGCCUACCAGGCGGAGCAGGAGGACGAGAUCUCUCUGGAGGUCGGAGAAACCAUCGAGGUCAUUCACAAGCUGCUGGACGGCUGGUGGGUCGUCAGGAAAGGAGACGAGACCGGUCACUUUCCCUCCAUGUUCCUGCACAAGGCCGGUAAGAGAGAGAAGUACGAGGCGGAGAGGACGGCGGUGCAGGGACAGAAACCGCCACCUCGCAGGUCCACCAUCCGAAAUGCAAAGAGCAUCCACAACAAGUCUCGCCGUAGGAUGAGCCAGGAUGUCUACCGCAGGAACAGCCGCCGGUACCUCCAGCAGAAGGGCCUCGCCGAGCCGCAGAGGAACUCCAAGAACGCCGCCAAGUCACCGCUGAGGGAGCGGAAGAACCAGGACAACAUCCCCGAGCAGUCGAGCUCCAGUUCGGAGAGCGAGAUGAAGAAAGAGGCUCCGGUCAUCCCUCCCCGGCCCAGUCCCGAGCUCAUCAUGGAGCGCUGCAGCGACAACACCCGCAAGAGAGUCAGCAUCCACGAGACCCGGUCCAGCACCAGCUAGCCUGCGGAUUCACCGUGUGCGUUAACUGUGUGUUAACAGUCGCCAUGAAGUCGUCUCUGAGAGCUUUUUUUUUUCUUCCUUAAUUUGUUGUGGGUAGUUCUGGUCAUUUCAGUCAAAAGUGUGGAAGAUAGUUUUACAUGUAAUUGUGACUUUAAAGAUGUUUGUGUUUUCCUUCUUGUCAAAAAAUCCCACGUAAAGACCAAAAUCAACAUGUUAGCUUCUUUUAAAAACACCUCACAAAUAUACAGUUGAACUCAGAGCUGCAACCAUCAGUUGGUUAAUCGAUUAGUUGUCGACUAUUAAAUUAAUCACCAGAUAUUUCAAUUAUAAAUAGAUCGUGAAAAAAUGACAAAUUCAUCAGGUUUCUUUAGUCCUCUGUUAGUAAACUGAAUAUCUUUAUUUGCAAUUUUAACUGUCAUUGCAAGAAAGAUCCUAAAAACACUGCAAUUUUUCAGAAAACCUUCUGUGAAAUCAGCCAUUUUAUAAACAUUUUUGAUAAACAUUUUUCACAAUUUUCUUACAUUUUAUGGACCAAAAGAUUGAAUCGAUUAAUCAAGAAAAUAAUUGUCAGUUACCGCUGCUCACUGUAGUACGCCCCUGUAGUAACAGGGGCGCAUUAAUCUAGUCUUCUGGUCUUUUUAUGGGAUUUAUUGACAAGAAACUGAAGAAUAUCACCGCCUGUAUGUUUGGAAAAGCUUUACUUUGGUGCCAUCUGGUGGUCAUUUGGAGAAUAACACAGUGUCAGACAGCAGUACAAGCUGCUCCAACCAGAAACAUCAAUUAUUUAAAGUUUCUCCAAACAUAAAAAGGCUUCACUGAACUGAUUCUGAUUUAAUCUGCAGCUCAGUGUUUGAUAUUUAAACAGCGUCUGUGUCCGACAGCUCUACCUCGCUGUUAGCUCAACGGUUCGAAAGAAGCUACACAAUAAAAGCUAAAGUAAAAGUAAAAGCUGAAUUUAUUUCAUUGCAGUGUUGUUAGAAGUGUGCGGGGGAAGAACAGUUAUAUCUCUGUUUGUAACUCAUGUGUGGAAGCAUUUCCAUCUAUUUCCCAGCAGGCACUCUGUAGAGCUUUUUUGUUUUUAUUUAUUUGCUUAAUGUACAGAAUGUAUACAAUAAUACAUUUUGCAUUUUAAGCUUUUAUUUCUGCAGCCGCUAGUGACUGUUUCCUCAAAUAUUAAAUAUGUCAGCUAAUAACA